AUGAAACCAACAUCAACUUCCAUCCUUCUUCUCACAGCCAUUACCACCUUUAUGGGAAUGGCAACCGCAGGACCCGUUGCUUACGGUGUCUGUCAAAGUGGUUGUGCGGGUGUGGUUAUGGCUUGUUAUUCAGCGGCUGGAUUUACUUGGGGAGCAACUUUAGGUGCAACGGCACCUCCAACGAUUAUUGCGUGCAAUACGGCUUUUGGCCUUUGUAGUGCCAAGUGUGCGGGAUUCCUUGUGGCCCCUAUUCCUUGA